AUGGAAUUUAUUCUGGAGAAAAUGAAAUUAGCAGGAAGUACACAGCAACUGGAAAAUGAAAGAGAAAGUCACUACGUUUUUGAAGAUAAUUUUAAUGCAUCACUGAAAGACAUGAUUCAAUCGAAAGCCUCUUAUACCAAACUUGAACAAAUCUGCUAUCGAUAUGAGAAUCGUGAAGGAGAAAACUCUGGUGAGAACAUGAUUAAUCAUGAAAGACGUGUUGAGCUGUCACACGAGCAUUUUCUGAAGCAAAAGCUAUGGCUUUUGCUCUCUCGUAUACCCUUUUAUUGGGGUCACGUUACUCGAGCUUGUGAACUGAACAGUUCGAAAAAAGGUAAAAAAGGACACGAUUCCAAAGCAUUCAAAAACCGAAAUACACUGUUCAAAAUUUACUCGCUAACCGGUCGUUCAAUCAAAGAUUUUUCGAGCUAUCCAGAAGAAGACGAAGUUCUUUUUCUUCCACAUUCUACAUUUAUUGUUCUCAAUCGCAAAGCCUCCAAAACAGAAGAAAAGAAUACGAGUGUCAACAAUACAACUGUUGCUGCUGGCACCUAUGGACAUACGUACACCAAAAGUCAAGCUCACGAAGACGAUGGCAUGAUGCACAAUACGAAAAACACCAACAUUGAUAUAUUGCUGACGAGCUGCGAGAUGCGCAACUUAAACAAUAGCCGACAGAACUGUGUUCUCAUUACAACUGGCUCGUUCAACCCCGUUCAUCCUUUCCAUUUUCAAAAUUUAUUACGCGUUAAAGAGCACCUUGAACGAGAACAUCAGCCACCAAUGAACGUACUUGCAGGAUACAUCUCACCAACACACGAUUCAUACGUGCAUUCGAAACUAGACGAUUCGGCAUGGAUUCCAGCUAAAGAUCGAUGUCGUCUGUGUGAAGAAGCUAUCGAAUAUGAAGGUUCGAAAGUAUCAUCAUGGAUUGCUGUUUCUCGAGGUGAAAGUGAAUGGUAUGAUGGUUUUGUCGAUUUCUCUCCAGUUACAGAAAAUCUUCGUGAUUUUCUAAAUACUACACUCGUUGGACAAAACAACUUACUGAGAUAUCCACUUCGUGUGAUUUAUGUAUGCGGAUUAGAUCAUUAUAACAAAUGUACGUAUGUGGAGCGUAUGGUGCAACAAAAUAAUAUGUCCUGUGCUAUUGUGUAUCGUCGAGGAUGCGAUGAACAACAAAUCAAUCGUUCACUUAAAACAACAAAUGUUAUAUAUGUUUCCUUGUCGAAGGAGCGUACGAAACUUACUGAUGUAAGUUCAACACAAAUUCGCGAAUAUUUUCAAAAUCCAACUGCCAAUAAUACGAAUAUCGAGAGAAAUAUAUAUCCAUCUGUACGUGACUACAUGAGAAGAAAACAUCGCAAGAAAUAA